UGAAUGAAUUCUCUCUCCCUGACUGAAGCAGCUUUGUUUGAGAGCAGACAGCAAAAGGGUGAGAGAGAGAGAGGUGAGAGAGAGAGAGAUUGAGGGAGAGGGAGAGAGAGAGAGCAGCAGAGGGAGGGAGUGCGAGCGAGCGUGUGUGUGUGCGCGCGCGCGCCGCCGCAUGUGUUUGAAGGAUACAGAGAUUGAGACUGCAACAGAACUGGAGGGAUGUGCAUGGCUCGGCUGCAGCUGUCCUUGCAGUCGAGAGCGAGAGCGCUCGGCGUUGCAGCGCGGAGGAGCCCGGAGCCGCGAGAGCAAGCCGCGGACGCGUUGAUGUGAAGACAGAGUGCUGCGAAAGCCCAGAAAGAGGACGAAAUUGGCUGCUUUCCGCUCUCGCCAGGUGUCAUGCAGGAUUCUCUGGAUGUCUCUCUGGCAACGUCGCUGUGGAUUUCAUCGUCCUGGUUUCGGUUUAUCCCCUACGGACACGUGCGAAAGAACGGAUUGGGGUUCUGGACAACCAUGAAGAGGGACACGGCAGACAUGGGGGGAAGAGUCCAGUAUCUGGGCAUGGAUCCCUGAUCCUUAUCCCUUUUUUUUCCUCCAAAUUUUGUUGGUUGCCCUUCUUCACAGCAAAUUUUCUGAUAACGAGUCACAGCGUCUCUAUCUCUGCCUGUAUCUGUCUUUUCUUUUUCUUCAUCCUGGAGUAAGAAAUGCAGAGGAGUGGACUGUGGAUUCCAACAUAACCCCUCCUUUCACCUCCUCACAGAGUGAAAACGAAUGACACAUCUCAGAUGUCCCAGAAGAAAUGGCCACGAGCAGCUAAUGACUUUUGAUGCAGGAUUUCUUUUUUGACAUUUCCAAAUUUGUUUUUUAAAGGAAAGGGGAACUUCUCUCCGGGACACUAGGAAUAACUAGGAAUAACGGCGUUGCACUGAACACUGUCAAUUUUUUUUUCUCCCUAUUAGUCUGCGAGACAAAUCGACACAGAAGAGGUAUAUUUAGAAAGAAAAGCUCAUCCCUCCUGGCUAACCAUGAUGUAGGGCAAAACUAUUUUAAAAAAUCAGGGAACUGCUGGGAGUUCUAUUUUCUUCUCUGGCUUGGAUAUUGCAGUGCUACAAGGGAGGUCAAAAUGAAACCCUUGUUCAGGUCGACAACAGUGGUUGCUAAUACUUUCCCUGGCUGACCCACAACAGACCAAGUCACUGCACCGAAAAUGAUUUAGGAAUGACUGGGAGAGGCAAGUGAACACCGGCAACGGCAACUUCGUCACACAGGCAACAAUGAUCCACACUUGAAUCUCUGCACAAGCACAGGCGCACACGACCCCACACGCACACACACGCGGACGGACACACACGCGCGCACGCACACACAUAUGCACACACUCACACCCACGACGAUGAGUAGGCUUUCUGCCUCAUCAUUUUUAUUACGUAAGAUCCCUCCUCACCGAUCUGGCUCCCCGUCCCCCUCCGAACCAGUUCUGCGGAUGCGCCCCGGUCCCGUUCCCCCCGCGCCGCUUUGUCCGUCUGUGGUCUUUCGAGGGGCUCGCGUCUGCGGGCGAGGCACACUCACGCAUAGACGGAACGAGCGCUCCCCGCCGCCCUGGUGCUUCUAAGAUGUUGACAUCUCCCUGCGUCGCCGGGGCUCCCGUUUGGAUCAGUACCGCUGCGGCUCCCCACGGCCAGAGACAUGGACCCCGAAUCGCCUCCCCCCCGACCACAGCGCGCCGCCCCUUGGCCCCACGUCGCACUGUGAAGGAUGUCCCAAAGCAGACCUCCGGCCCGGGACACCGCUGAGACCCCCUGCCAGAGAGAACGCAUCCGCAGCCACAUGAAGAUGGUGAUCGACCAGCUGGAAGGCAUUCUCAAGGAGCUCAAGGAUGUGGCCAAGGAGCUCCGGGAGGUGGUGGGUCAGAUCGACAAGCUGACAUCUGACUUCGACUUCGACCUGGAGCCGGACGACUGGACGGUGGCGACGGCGAGCAGCACGUCCAGCAGCGAGAGGGGGCUGGGCGAUGCCUUCAGGCUGGACUUCCUGAACCCGGACGUGCUCUCCGACAGUUGGGAGUUCUGCAACUUCCUGGAGGCCUCCUCCCCGAGCGCCGCCACCGCCGCCACAACCCCGAAGCCGGGGGAGGUGCUGCGGGAGGAGGGGCAGGAGCGGGCGGAGGCCGCGCCGCCAGUGAAGACCGCCACGGUGUACUCGCAGAUGAACGGGGGCCUCCCCGUCCCCAACGGGCCUUUGAUCGUCACCCCGGACUCAUCCAGCGAGGAGGCCACCAGCUCCACGCACAGCCACAAGACCUCCCGGACCUCUGGCACUAGGGAGCGGGUCCGCUUCAGUGACAAGAUCCUGUACCACGCACUGUGCUGCGAUGAUGAUGAGGAGGAGGAGGAGGAGGAAGAGGGGGAGGAGGAGGACGGAGGCCACGCCACGCCGGAGACGGACGGCGAGCCCAGCCCGCCCGUUGCCUCACCCGUCCCCACGAUCUCGUCCUCCGAACACUCUCUCCACAACUGCCUCGACUCCUCCCCUCUCCCCUCGUCCUUAAGGGUAGGCGGGGGGCAGGCGGCCCUGGGAAUCCCCACCCCCGCCCUCACCAAAAGAGGUCUCCUCAACCCAGGCUGUCGGAAAAAACUCUUACGGAACAGCAGUACACAGACUGUCUCGGACAAGAGCACCCAAACUGUACUGCCCUAUAUACCAGCCAAACAGAAAACAAAGGACUUGCAUUGA